GGCAAAUCGAAUUCACACAGGCGGCGAUUUCGGUUGCCAUGCGGUCCGGCACGUCGGUCGCGGGCGAGGGCGACGACCUCAUCCUGCACAGCCCGCAUCUGCUAGAACCGGAAAACUUCGAGAAGCGCUACAAGCAACUAAACGUGUACAAAUGGCAGGACUGCGAAUACGUGGCACCACGAGCCGCACCACCAGGAGGCAAUCCUAGUUCUAGCGCACAAGAAGCCUUGGCGCCGCGUCAGGUGUGGAGCACACGGUUUAUGUCCCUGGACAACCGGCGUUUGGCGCUGCUGAAACUAUGCAAGCCGGGCGGAUCGGUCUGGGUGAAUAUUUCGGGAGACGAAAAGGACUUUCACUUCAAGUACGACCCGAACGGCCGAAAAAAGCUGGCGCACGACGAGAUCCGGCAAGUUGGGACAGGGGGGACGACAAUUGGAGGUGGAGGCACCAAGACUGUUGGUCAUGAAGAGAGCAUGCCCAAUGCCGGUCCUCCACGUCAGCGGAAGAAAGAGAAGAAAUCCGACAAGAAAAAGAAGAAGAAGAAAGAGAAGAGCAAAUCCAACACGGGCAGAGACGGAGAUGAAGACCCAGGUGGCAACGGAUACAAGGAGAAGCGAAGCAGACGCCAAAAGAGCGCAGCCGCUGAGAACUUACCUGAUUUCGAUGGCCAAUUCGCAAGUGUGUCGGAAAAGCAAGACCACGAGGAGCACGAAAAAAACUCAGGCACU